CAAUCCGCACUGUUUGUCCCUUACUGCUUCCACUCAUACUGUACACGGCGGGAGCCAACGUGAAAGUUGGAAAUCUGAAGGAAAACAGUGCGUCAUUCGCUUAUUUCUUGAUUUGAAGCGUAGGAAAUACUUAACUGACGGCUCUACCCGGGACAGCAAAGGGUUUGGGGGUGGAAGAUGUGCUCUCUGGCCCUGUUUCCCCCUCCGCUGCCCUGUGGACAGGCCACUCUGUGUGAGACAAACAACGAGCUGCUGUCCAGAUCAGCCUCCGAGGACUGCCUCAAACAGGAGUCCAGCCCUCUAAGUCUGUACUUCCCUCGGGAGUCGCUGAAGCCACACAGUCGAACAGAGAGCAGCAGUAAGGCGGCCUUUCUUGACCACUGUGAAACACUGUGGAUGAGGAGUGCAGCAGCAUGGCGGGAUGCUGGUCUCACUGGGCUGCUCAAUGAAAUCGCAAACUCCAGUGCAGAGGUGCCCAAGUGGCUCUCAGUGAGUUCUGGCUGUGUCCUGGCAUUGCUCCAAAGGAUCUCCUCUUUCCAUGGUUCCCUGUUUCCCCACCUCACAUUAAGUAGUGAGGAUAUGAUUGCUGAAUUUUCCCAAGUGCUGAAAUGGUCUGACUGUGCAGUGAGAGCCUUUGCCUGGCAUCCUCAUACAGACAAAUUUGCUGUAGCCCUUUUGGAUGACUCCAUUAAGAUCUACAACCCCAAAAGUGCCACAGCACCUACACUGAAGCACCGUCUACAGCGGAGUGUUGCUGCAGUGCAGUGGAAGCCCCUGUGUGCGUCUGCCCUGGCUGUUGCCUGCCAGAACUGCCUGCUGGUCUGGCAUGUGGAUCCCUGCUCACUGUCAACCAGGCCUUCCUCUGGCUGUGCCCAGGUCUUGUCCCAUCCUGGCCACUCUCCAGUCACUUCCAUCGCCUGGUCUCCAAGUGGAUCUUUCCUCGUGUCAGCCUCACCCAUGGACACCAACAUGAUGGUAUGGGAUGUAGCAGCAGAGAGCUGCGUGCCUCUUCAGCGUGUGGGAGGUGGCGGGGUCACCUUCCUGUCCUGGUCCCCUGACGGCAGCCAUGUGCUGGCUUCUACCCCUGCUGCCCUGUUCAGGGUGUGGGAGACGAGGAUGUGGACCUGUGAGCGCUGGCCGUGUUUGAAAGGACGCUGUCAGUCCGGUUGCUGGAGUCCAGACGGGAGUCGACUUCUGUUUACCGUUCAGGGAGAGACAGUCAUCUAUGCUCUGACCUUCACUGACACACCAGGAAUUCCUUCAAACACAAAAGGACCAAAGGCGGCAGCAGUGGUGGCUGACCUGUCAGAGACAACUUUUAACACACCUGGUGGAGACAUUGUUGUUGGUGGAGAGAUCCAGUCUUUAGCCUGGGACCCGAGAGGAGAGAGAUUGGCAGUGCUUCUCAAAGGUGAUCCUCAAGCCAGAGACCGUCCUGCUAUGAUAGCCGUGUUCAAGACAAGAACCAGCCCCAUUUUUGAACUCUUGCCAUGUGGUUUUGUCCAGGGGGAACCUGGCACAGAGCCGAGACUGAUGCAGUUUCACCCAAAUUUCCAGCAUGGAGCCCUGCUCACUGUGUGUUGGUCCAAUGGAAGAAUUACCCAUGUACCUUUCUAUUUCCUGAGUGCCGGGAUGGCCCGUCACGGCCUCGGUGGCAGUCCACCUCAGCCGCGCCCCGAGGAAAGGCCUGCUGACUACAUCAAUCAGACGCUCUAUACCGAGCUCACCACUUGACCUCAAAACUCACUUCCCCCAUCACACAUGCUUACUUAUCAUUAUUGCAAUUGUUUGUCAAUAAAUAUUUAGUUCUCGCUAAA